AGUUCUCAACUUGAAUCAACCUUCUAGUCAAUUCUCUAGCGCGUGGGUAGUCCUAUAUCUGAGUUAUCAGUCUACCUAAAGGUACCUACCUUGCACAGAAUAGAUUGACAAGGCUUUGAUUGAGGAGAUAUCUGGUGGAGUCUGAAGUCGGAGGGAGUAAACCGGAGGAUCGUCUUGUCUCCCAGCCCAUCCUAUCCAUGCCAUCAUCAGCACGAUUGCUUCCCUGAAUUUGUUUCACACAGCUUUCCUGUCUUCCAAUCAGACACUAAAUCAUAUCGAAAAUAAACCCAUUCACCACAAAGUUUGCAAUGGCCGCGAAAGUUUCAGCUGAGGGCCUACCUCAAGACAGUGUUGCAUCACUUCAGGCCGGUCGUCUCUUCUCCACGAGCGGACUAGUCGCCCUCGUCACGGGAGGUGGUUCUGGUAUCGGUCGUAUGAUUGCGACAGCCCUUGCAACGAACGGCGCGGACAAGGUCUACAUUCUCGGUCGACGCGAACAGGUCCUGAAGGAAGCCGCUGCAGCCAUCGGACCUAACGUCAUCCCCUUGACAUGCGACGUCAGCUCCAAAGAAAGCCUCCAAGAAGCAGCAGCCACCGUAGAACGCGAUGUCGGGUAUCUGAAUCUCCUCGUCUGUAACGCGGGUAUCGGGGGGCCCCAGGUGAAGGCUCCCACGCCGGAAAUGACGGCUGCGGAGUGGGCAGAGCAGAAUUUCCAUCAUGCCCAAGAAGACUACACGCGUGUUUUCGACGUCAACGUCUCCUCGGUAUGGUAUACAGCCAUGGCGUUCUUGAAGCUGCUGGACCUAGGCAACAAGAAGGGCAACGUCCCACAAACCUCGCAGGUCAUCACCACCAGCUCCAUCGGUGCAUUCAACAAGAUGGCCCCGGGCGGCUGGGCGUAUGGCCAGUCCAAAGCGGCCGUUACGCUGCUAUCGAAGCACCUCUCGAGCAUCCUUCCUCAAUGGAAUAUUCGUUCCAACUGCAUCGCCCCUGGAUUGUUUCCCAGCGAAAUGGCGGCCCCUAUCGUAAAAAUGUACACUGAAAAUGAUGACAAAAUUCCCAAGAACAUGGUACCAAUGCAACGGAUGGGAGAUGAGCAGGACAUGGCUGGCGUUCUUCUCUACUUGGCAUCCAGGGCUGGGGCUUAUUGCAACGGUGCUGUCAUCUUGGUGGAUGGAGGCCGCCUCGGGAACUUUCCUUCAACUUGGCACGCAUAGGAUGGACCUGGAAGUCAUUUGUGAUUUACCAAAUCUUAGCGG